GCAGAGGCACAUCGGGCACAGGCACACCGGGCAGAGGCACAUCGGGCAGAGGCACAUCGGGCUGGACUCCGGGCAGAGGCACAUCAGAGGGCAGGACUCCGGGCAGAGGCACAUCGGGCAGGACUCCGGGCAGAGGCACAUCGGAUUACCAGGCGAAGCAGCAGGCAGCGGGCCACCAGGCGGAGCAGCAGGCACCGGGCCCCCGGGUGGAGCAGCAGGCACCGGGCCCCCGGGCGGAGCAGCGGGCACUGGGCCCCCGGGCAGAGCAGCGGGGGCACCGGGCCCCCGGGCGGAGCAGCGGGCAGCAGGCCCCCGGGCAUCAGGUCAUUUGGCUCGACAGCGGGCACCGCGUCAUCUGGCAAGGCAGUGGGCUCUGAGUCAACAGGCACGACAGGGGCACCGGGUCAUCAGGUACCGGAUUGUCUGGCUCGACAGCGGGCAUCGGGUCACCAGGCAUUAGGUCAUUUGGCUCGACAGCGGGCACCGCGUCAUCUGGCAAGGCAGUGGGCUCCGAGUCAACUGGUAUGACCGCGGGCACUGGGUCAGACAUUGGAUCGUCUGACUCGACAGCGGGCAUCGGGUCACCAGGCAUCAGGUCAUUUGGCUCGACCGCGGGCACCGCGUCAUCUGGCAAGGCAGUGGGCUCCGAGUCAACUGGUAUGACCGCGGGCACUGGGUCAGACAUUGGAUCGUCUGACUGGACAGCGGGCAU